AUGGUUGGUGCUGGCGUGUCAACAGCUGCUGGAAUACCUGAUUUUCGAAGCCCAUCUUCUGGCAUAUACGACAACUUGGAAGAUUUUAACUUGCCUACUCCGAACGCAAUAUUCUCGAUUGAUUACUUCCGAAACGAUCCUAGACCUUUCUUUGAGAUUGCAAGGCGUUUGUAUCGACCAGAAGCAAAGCCUACGUUGGCUCAUUGUUUUAUCAGGCUACUUCAUGAAAAAGGCUUACUUCUUAGGCAUUAUACACAGAACUGUGAUAGUUUGGAACGCUUAUCUGGUUUACCAGAGGAGAAAUUGGUUGAAGCCCAUGGGACAUUUCACACAGGACACUGUAUUAAGUGCAAGAAACUGCAUGAUUUCGAGUUUAUGCUAAAUGAAAUUUUAGCCAAAAGAGUGCCUAAGUGUCUUGAAUGCAAAGACGUUGUCAAACCUGGUAACUGCUUAAUUCCAGUUAAAUUAUUUACAGAUGUUGUACUUUUUGGUGAGAGUAUGCCGAAGAAAUUUUUCAAGAACCUUUCUUCA